AUGAACGAAGAAGGACCGCCGGGUUGGAUUGAACGAUCGCCUUUCAAAGAUGUUGGCAACCAACCAAUUCGCCUCAUGGCCUCCAAGGGAUUUGAAUCGAUUAUUCUCGACCUCCAACGGACUACCCCUUUCAAAUCUUCGUUCUCUUGGAAGGGUAUGACUUUCAAAUCUUUCGACUAG